AUGGCAAACUCAAAGUCUUGGUCUAAUCCACAUGUCACAUUGGAAAUUAGAGAAGAAAACCCAUACCCAUACCCAUACCCAUCAUAUGUUUGUGCUCCCAAUUUUGUUACAUUUAAACUAAAUGAUAAGGAUGAGUAUGAUAUUUCGAAAACACAGAUGCUAUGCCUGUUAGAGAGUCAUAGUGUGUCAGGUUUCAUAGAUGGAACACUCAUAAGCCCUGAUGAAGCCAGUAGUAGUAGUAGUUUUUCCGGGAAGGAGAAAGUGGUUGACAAUCAGACUCAUCAGAAGCUGUGGAGAAGAUCAAAUGCCCUAGUGAAAGGUUGGGUUCUCGUUUUUCUCUCUAAAGAAACACUCGCCCAGGUUGUGAAUAGUCUCAGAGGAAAACUCCAUGAAGAUGAUUUCAGUGCAAAAGAUGUUUGGGAUGAACUGCAGACUAUUUUCGCUCCUGCUGUUGUUCCAAAACUACAUGUUGUUGAAGGUACAAUCCAUCUCUUGUUUACAUGGGUUGGUGAUUUAGAUAAAAGCAUUGGAUCUCCGGAGAUUGUGCCAUUCUACACAACAAGGAGUUUGCAGUGGGUCGAAGAAAUAUUGAGGGAGUUAAGGGUUACAGUGAUAGACAAAAUCACGAAUAAUGGAAACACUGCGCUUCAUGUAGCAUUCGAUAGUUCCAAGAAGCUGGAAUUCCUAGAGAAAUUGUUGGAAAAGAUACUGAAGAACACACAACUCAUGGAUGUGAUAAAUUCAGAUGGAAGCACGCUACUUCGUGUUGCUGCUAUUAUUGGCAACACAGAAGCUGUUGGCAUAUUGGUGGCAAGAAAACCAGAGUUGUUGUUCGCCAAAGACAACAAGGAUCUGACACAACUAGCCUUGGCUCUUUCUAAUAUGCACACAGAAACAACCCGACAUCUGCUGCAACACAUCAAUAAUACUAUUAAUGAUGAUAUAGAGAAGGAUGCUCUGUUUUCUGGCUCAACUGGUGAUGGCCUUCUAGUUACUGCUAUUUCCUCCAAAGAUUUCCACCUUGCAAGAGAUAUGUUGGAGCAUUACAAAUCAUUGCAUAGUGAUGAUGUGCUGAUGUCUAUAACUCAAAAUUUCCCACGCAAAGUCAAAGUAUUUGAAAGAUAUGCAGGAGUGAUAAGAGUGGAGGCAUGGAGGUUAAGGUUACAUUUAGGUUUGGAGAUGCAUAACAUGCUACGGGUUUUUAUAGUACGGGUAGGAAUAUUGGAGGUGAUGAUGGGUUCGGUGGUGUUGGUGGUUUCUAUGGUGUUGAUGGUUUUUAGGAUGGUUUCAGUGGUGUUGGUGGUUUCUGUGGUGUCUGAAUGUCCAGGUUGUUUGGGGCGCCUGCUAUAG